AUGGAAAGGCCUCAGAAAAGACCCCGGCUAGCCUUCGCCAGCGAUGGCGACACGGAACCAGACGAUAUCGACCUGCAAGAAGCUCGAGCUCAUAAUGACUUGCGCCUCAAAUCGAUCUUCGAAGGUAUCUUUGAAAAGUACGGCAAAGACUUUACAGAAGUCGGAGACGAAAUCGAUCUACAGACAGGGGCAAUCGUGGUUAAUAAUGGUCAUCUACGGGGGAUGUCAAGCGAAGACGAUACGGGAGACCAGCACGGUUGGCUGUUUGAGGAAGAGAACGAGGAAGACGGGAACUUGUUGGCUUCUGCGAUGAACUACCGAAUAUCGGACAUUACUAUGGAGGGCUCUACGCAUGACUCAGGGACUGCGUUCGGCGGUGACAACCCGCAAGAUGGGGCCCAAGCGGUGAUGAUACCAUCCCCAGCGUUCGGGUUCGAUCGGUCUUGUGAGGAAUUGCAGCCACAUGGAGCAGACGGCGCCGAUUCAGAUAGAGACGACGACGACGACAAAAGUAGCGUGGAUUCCUUGCUGGAUACCGCUCUAUGCGUGCAGACCGAGUCAGAUGCAGUUCCCGGUAAUUGGGUCCCAGCGAACAAAAUUGAGGCUAUCCCCGGAAAACCAAAAGCUACGGCCGAAACAUCCAUCCAAUCCCAACUGCAGCACGGGAGCACUCGUGCUGAACCAGUUGAGUCCAUUUGGCGUGUACCUGAGAUCCGCGGGAUGUUCUCGACGCCUUCAAUUAAUAAAUUGCGCCAAAAAAUCCCCUUGACUGCUGUCCGCUCUGCAUCUCCUCUGGGGGCGGGGUCCCUGUGGGCGCUUCCUGGAACUUCGAGGCGCAACACAGAUGGCAAAAAGGGGAGAAGCGCAAAAAAACUUGGAACCGACCAGCGCAAACACGAGGCGCACCAUUCUAGUCCCGUCCUCCAGGACUGGUCUUUCGCAGAAACCCCGGAUGGAAACGAAUCGGACGACCCUUUGCAGGAGGAUUACCAACCAUCGCCAACACCUAGAAGCACUAUCAACAUCAGGGGCAAAAGCAAGGCCCAAGCCACCACUCCAAGCCGCACAAAGGACAAGAGCAAUCACCCUGAACCGCCUCCUUCGCAGCAAAAUCCUAGCCGCCAGCUCCCUCCGGAUCCUCCCCAUGAGGUCACCGAGGCGAAAAGACCAGAGAACCGGGUUUCACAAGCGCAGCCUGAAAUUGUCAUCAUAACUGCAGACCAGGAUGAUCCAUCGAUCGAGACGCGUGCAAAUGCUGAGACUGAGCCGAAAGCAAGUCCUGUCACAGUCCAGACUCCAAGCCAAACCAGAUCUAAAAGAACAAUCAUGACACCAGAUGAAGCAAAACUAAUCGUCCGCAUGAGGCAAAUCGACGGGAAAAAAUGGAAGGAGAUUCUACACUAUUUUCCACAGAAGAAGGAGAUCAAUCUUAUCCAAUGGAACCACACGCACUGGAAUGAGCGGCAGGCAAAUCCCCCUCCGCUAUCCAGACCUUGGUCAAAGCCAGAGCUCAACAAACUGCGGGCUCUGAAGGACCAACAGGGUCUAGGUUGGUCCGAGAUUCGUGCAGCCUUCCCCGGUCGUUCGCUUCAAGAAGUCGAAUUCCAAUUGUUGUGUCUUUGGGCUGAAUCUGGAAAGGAUAUCAAGGCGGAGAGCAAUGGCCCUUGA